AGAAUGUUAGUAAAUUACGUUUUGUUUUACGUUUUGAUUAUCAUUUGAAAUGAUGAAAUCGUUUUACUUUUCGUUGUAUACGUGAUUUUUUUCAUCAAGAGAACUUUUAGUGCUUGAAGCCGAUCUCGAGUGGAGUAGUGUAGAGUGUGAUCAAAUCAGUUCCGAAGAUGCUUUCAAUUGUGAAGGACCUGUUUUGCUGGAUCGGUGUCCAUGCCUGCGUUCUGUGGCUUUAUUACUAUUUGCUGGAGCCCCUGGUGAAUAUUGUUUGGGGUUCGAUUCGUAGCUAUGUGCGGCAGGAGAAACUUCAGGUUCGCUAUGGACCGUGGGCAGUGAUAACCGGUUCGACGGACGGAAUCGGCAAGUGUUACGCGGAGAAUUUAGCACAGAAAGGAUUGAAAAUUAUGUUAAUUUCUCGAACCGAGUCGAAACUGAUCAAAGUAGCUGAUGAACUGCAGCAAAAGUAUGGCGUGGAGACGAAAUGGAUUGCCAUGGAUUUUUCCAAUGGCCCCGAAAUCUACGAUCGUUUGCGGAAGCAACUGACAGGGCUGGACAUCGGAUUGCUUGUAAACAACGUCGGUUUCCUGCCACAGCUGGCUCACUUCGAUCGAACUCCUGAAGCGGAUCUGCUGGAUUUGAUUCACAUCAACAUUAUGUCUAGCACAAUGUUAACACGAAUGGUUUUACCCGGCAUGAAGGCCCGGCGGAGGGGAAUCGUGGUAAACAUAGGAUCCACCUCCGGACUCGUUCCGCUGGCAUUUAUGGCAGCUUACGGGGCGACAAAGUCCUACAUGAGCAGCCUAAGCCAAGCGCUACAGGAAGAACUGCGUGGAACGGGCGUCGAAUGUCAACUCGUGACACCCGCCAUGGUCCACACGAACCUCAGCCAAGCGUUUUGCACCAAAAUGCCCUGGUAUGUGGUUAUUCUAAGCGCCGAACAAGUCGCUCGGAUUGGUGUAUUCUUGAUUGGGAAAACGUGGCACACCUGUGGUCAUUGGUUCCACAGUUUACAGGUCUGUUGGUACCCACUUCUUCCCUGGAAACUGGUUGUUCGAAUUAUGGGUGGUGUAAUGAAAAGUACAGCAGAGAACGUACACUAAGUUACAUGUAAUCCGAUGUAACUUUAUCCAUUACCUCAAUUUCUAUUGUUGUCAACAAAAGCGAAAGAAUAAAUCCAUUUAUUGGUCGACCUACCGAUGACCGUUUACGAAGUCUCUUUCCACUACCAUCCAGAAACGUCAAGGGUCCAACCUCCGAAUCGAAAACGAACAACCAAAAAAAAAACAGCAAAGGACGCAACUGCAAUGGCAUCGGUAUGAGGACGAAAAACCGGACAAGCGGUGAAAAUAUAUAAAUUAUAAAAUCGGCGAAACGCGGCUGCAUCGGCCUCGCCACCCGUUUCGUGACAAAGUGCUUUUUAAAAGGGCCCUUAACGCACACACACACACUCGCACACGGUGCGCUGCGCGAAAAAGUAGGCGGUUGGGCACUCAGGGCACGCGGCCACGAGGUGUUCGAAAUCGCGAUCCAAGCAGGCCGACCAAAAACGAAAAAAAAAUGUUGAAAACGGAACGCAACGUGAUUGGUUAUCGGUUUUCGUGUUUGCGGCUUAUGCUUUUCUUGUGAAUAGUUUCCGUCAGUGGUGCCAGUCUGCCGAAAAGAAACAAUUUAUGGAUCAUUGUUUUGUCUGUUCGAAGUGAUACCAAUGAAGGAGGAAUGUGAUUGAGUAUUCCGAAUAACGGCUUCUGUUUUACCAAAAACGAAAAACGAAAUAAAACAAUCGAGGAACAUUUUUUCCCCGAAUCAUCUGUUUCUGGUUCAUGUGCCAACAACAGGAAGCAAAGGAUCGAUUUUCGUUUUUCGAUGUAUGUGACGAAGUGUACGAUGAAAGGAAAACUCGGUCAAUUAAAAUGGAGCAGCAGGAACAGACAACGGGUUUUUCCCGGCUUUUGGUCUGAUUUAGUUUCAGAAAAGGCAACGCAUCGUGUGGUGUUAUUUUGUUUUGGAAAUUUACCUCAUGAAUAAAAGAUAACUGGUGCGCGAUGUAGGACUUUAAAUAAUACAAAGUGUUGAGAUUGUGUGUUUGGAAUUCUGGUGAAAAUUUAUACGGUUUUCUUGUGUACUGUCAAUAAAGAAGAUGAUUUUUUCAAAUGGUUUAAAAGCUGCUUUCGAAUACUAGUUGUAGAUUCUUCUUUUGAAAAUUUUAUAAUAAAUGAUUUAAACUAUUUUGUCUGGCCUAGAAGAAGCUGCUGGUCUUACAAAAAUUCUGCCUGACUACAGUGAAGAACAAAUAAAUAUUUUCUGUUUCUAUCGUUCGUCCGAUAAAGAUAUUUGCAAUAAUCUUCUAUGAGAUUAUCUGUUCGUUCCAAUCAUGCGAAUUUCCAGGACAAGUGGUAGGGAUCGAUA